AUGGACAAAUCAAGUCAUACUUAUAAAUCUAUUGUUUCUGAUGGAAAGAAACCUUAUGUAGUCGACCAAGAGUUUAGAGAACUCAAGCCUGGAGAGGUCCUGGUCAAAGUAGAAGCAACUACUAUCAAUAGUGUUGAUAGACUGGUGGCCAUGGGGCUCUACGAGGCACCAGAAUUUAGAGACAAUCCUGAAUAUGGAGUUGGCUAUGAAGGCUCUGGAAUAGUCGAAGAAGGAUUUGGAGAAGACGAGAAGAAACUUGUAGGCAGCGUGGUUGCCUUCUUCCAGGACCCAUCUCUUCCUGGCUACCAAGGGGCUUGGAGGCAGUAUAUCUAUCUCAAUGCAAGAGAUGUAAUUCCAUUCCCUCCAGGCACUGAUGUCCAAUCUGUUUGUUCUGUAACAAAUCCUAUUACUGUUUUUCCUAUGAUGGAGCAAGUACGUGAUGGGAAGCAUAAGGCAGUGAUCCUCGGUGCUGCCUGCUCUGCUAUUGGCAAAAUGAUCAUCAGAAAAUGUAGACAACUUAAGAUCCCAACUAUUAGUAUCAUCAGAAAAUCUCAUCAAAGAGUAACGCUCGAAGAGAUUGGAGCUGAGAAUAUACUGGACUCGACAUCGAAGACCUUCGUCGAAGACUUGAAGGAAAUUGCUACUGACUUGGAAGCAACCAUAUUCUUCGACCCUGUUGGUGGGGACCUUAGUAUGAAGGUACUUGAAGUUAUGCCACCUUUGUCCACUAUAUCCUUUAUGGAUAAUAUGUCGAAGAAAAAGGUGGUUAUUGAUCCUCUCCAAAUAAUCUUCGCCCAGAAGACGAUUACUAGUGUCAACCUGUCAGAAUGGAUGAAGGUACAGAGUCAAGAGAGAAUAGGAGAAGUUAUUGGAGAGAUAGCUGGAGAUCUUGCUCAAGGAGGAGAGGUAUAUGGAACAGAUAUCUAUACAUCUUAUUCUCUCUUUGAACUCAAGGACGCUCUAAAAUCUUCUUACACUACUGCAUCAAGAGGCAAGACCAUAUUCAAGCCAAAUUCUUUAUAACAGUGGUCAGUAAAUCAAAAUCAAAAUGGAGGC